UUCUCUUCAGAGGAGGGCUCAUCUCCUCUAAUUAAUACCCCAUACAAUGAAAGAUCAAAAUAAUAAUUACCCAGGGCAUUUACUUGAGUACACACACGGUAGGGUGCGUGAAUACGUAUCCAGAAAAAUCCCGGAUAUCCGGAAAAUUUCGGAUCGGAUAUCAUAUACGGUAUCUGGGGAUUUUCCCAGAUCCGCAAACCUAAGUACCCAGGGCAAUUACCGUAACUGCUCUAAUAUGCAAUGGACAUAUAUUCUUCAAUGUGUCAAUUUGAUUGGGCGUCUAUUAAAGACUGGGCUUCUAUUAGAGACUGGGAUUAUAUUGCCCCGAUGGGUCUUCUUAGGUGGGCAUGUAUUAGAUAUGGGUCUCCUUAGGUGGGCUUUUAUUAAAUAUGGGCCUCCUUGGGGUCCUCCUUGAGUGAUGGGCCUACUUGGUGAGCCUCCUUGAGUAAUGGGCCUCCUUGG